AUGUCUGAUCACGAAGCUCCAGUUGAAGUUCAAGAAGAGUUCGAAGUCGUGGAGGAAUUCACCCCAGUUGAAUUGGCCACCCCCAUUCCUGAGGAAGUCCAACAGGCUCAAAAUGAGAUCAAGUUGUUCAACAAGUGGUCUUUCGAAGAUGUUGAAGUGAAGGAUGCCUCUUUGGUCGACUACGUCCAAAUCAGACAACCAAUCUUCGUUCCUCACACUGCUGGCCGUUACGCCAACAAGAGAUUCAGAAAGGCUCAAUGUCCAAUUCUAGAGAGAUUGACCAACUCUUUGAUGAUGAACGGUAGAAACAACGGUAAGAAGUUGAAGGCCGUCAGAAUUGUCAAGCACACUUUGGACAUCAUCAACGUCUUGACUGACCAAAACCCUCUACAAGUUGUUGUUGACGCUAUCACCAACACCGGUCCAAGAGAAGACACCACCAGAGUUGGUGGUGGUGGUGCUGCCAGACGUCAAGCCGUCGAUGUCUCUCCUUUGAGAAGAGUCAACCAAGCCAUCGCUUUGUUGACCAUUGGUGCCAGAGAAGCCUCUUUCAGAAACAUCAAGUCUAUCGCUGAAACUUUGGCCGAAGAAUUGAUCAACGCUGCUAAGGGUUCUUCCACCUCUUACGCUAUCAAGAAGAAGGACGAAUUGGAGCGUGUCGCCAAGUCCAACCGUUAA